CACUCUGCGUUAUAUAUCCCAACAUGUGCACUGUCUCUCUUCAGCUUGCUGUUUACACGCUAGUCUAAUAUUCAACACUCUCCCGCUUGCCUCGUUCAUUCUCCACUCGUCAUGUCUCGUGGCAGUUACAUUGUAAAGGAAGAUACUGUCUUCUCCGCUCGUCUCUCAUCAGUCUCUGGCAGAAGAGCCACAAAGUCCUCCCAAUCACUAGACGACAACGCAGGCCUAACGAGUCGUCCUAUGCCUGAAGACGACGAACUAAACAGUUUAUUCGAGCACCUACUGGACAAGAUGAAUUUAUCGCCAGAGAAGACGUCAGAGCUGCAGAAUCGGUCGAAAGACGACAAAUGGAGGCUGCUGCGCGCGAAGGAGGUGAUGCACACAAGGUUUACUGUUGAAUAUUACUUGGAUCAGUUGACUCGUCAUAUGAGUUUGAAGUUGAAAGUAAAGCAUCCUAAGAGAAAGCAUAUGAAGGGUUUAGCUCCAAUCAGUGAACUAUUGAAGUCUUUGGAAGUGGAUCUCAGGACAAAUCCUAACAAUGACUGGUCCAUGAUGUUUGUUGAUGAGCCCAAUAGUGGUGUUGUCAUUCUCAUUGACUUUCUCAGCUUUCUUCAAAGCGACAACACAGAACGUCCGAAGAAGAAGAAAUAUGAGAUUCUUUACAAAGAUGGAGCAGAUGAACAUUGGUGUAUCCUCUGUGUCAAAUCUCUUAUGGCCAAUAGAUAUGGUUUUAGUGCUGUUCUUGGCUAUGAAGAGAGCCUGGCUGUUUUAGCUCUUAGUUUACGUGCAGAGAGCCCUAAGACAAGAGCUGUUGUUUUGAAGUUGCUUGCAGCUGUUUUAUUGACUCCUGGUGGGCACAGAAAAGUGUUAAAAGCUUUUGAUAAUUUACGUACUGUAAUUGGGGAAGAGAGAAACUUCGAGACUUUGAUACAGAAGAUCACUGAAGAGCCAUUGGAUCCACCUUUUCAGGUUGCAGCUCUUUGCUUUCUCAACACAUUUGUCCAUUCAUCGGCAAAGAUGAAUGCUCGGAUUUUUCAUCAACAGGAACUUCUUGCUGCUGGAUUUGAUCCAGAUUUUAUUGAAAGAUCGUUGAAAGGUCGCCAGGAUGAUGCUGUUUUGCAUGAACUCAAUGAGUGGAGGAAGGAAUUCAUUGAUGUUCAAGCAGUCAUGGAUGAGUUUAUUGGUCUCCGGACUAGAGCUUCAGAACUGAGGACUGAGGUUGAUCUGCUUGGAAAACGGAUAGAAGAUGUCAAUCAAGGAAAGUCUAUUGCUCAACAGAAAAGCCAACAGCUUGCUGGUCAAGUCGACAUGUACAUGAACAAAGCACAAGAACUCAGAACUGCAUUACAAGCUGUCAUGAAACAAUAUGAGAAAGAAACAGGUAGAAAGGCACCCGACGGUGUGGAAUUACCUCAAACUCUGUUGGAACCAAUUGCUCCUCCUCCACCAAUUGAAAUAGCAGUAGCUGCACCACCACCACCACCACCACCUCCACCAGGCUGUCCUGGUGGUCCACCACCACCCCCACCUCUUCCUGGAAUGUCUUCUGCUUUGGCCUUGCAGCCGAAGAAGAAGAAAGUUAUCUCAAAUGUUCCAUUGCCCAUGUUGAACUGGGUACCAUUGGGACAGCCUGCUGAACAGAGCUACUUUCAUGAAAUGGAUGAGACAUUUGUGUAUAAGGAGAUUGAUUUUCAUGACUUUGAGGCACAGUUUGAGGUUAAGCGAUAUGCUCAAGCAGAUCUACUUCAAGCUAAGAAAGAAGCAGCUCUGAAGGCGAUUGUUCAGAAAGUGACUGUUAUAGAGAGCAAUCGUGCACGAAACCUGGUGAUUGCUAAACGUCGUAUUGGCCUGUCUGCUGCCUUGGUUCAACGAUACAUCACCAACAUGGACUUGGAUGGGUUAUGUGCUGAGCAUGUGGAACUUCUUUUAAAAUUCAUACCUACAAAAGAUGAGCUCAGCAAACUAGCGAAGCAUGCUCAUGAGUAUGAUAAACUGGCUGAAGCUGAACAGUUUCUCUUUCAGAUGGCCAAGAUUGAACGUUACGAGUCUCGGCUAAGUGUGAUGGCAUACAUGGGAUACUUUGAUGAAUUGGUUGAGAGUGUAAUGCCUAAAAUUGUGGCAGUCUAUGAGGCAUCCACAUCAUUAGUGAACAGCAAGAGAUUGAAGCGGCUGUUUGAGGUCAUUUUAGCAUUUGGAAACUACAUGAACAGCAGUAGACGUGGUGCAGCUUAUGGAUUCCGUCUUGAAUCAUUAAGAAAAUUGAGUGAUACACGGUCACAGGAUAGGAAGCAGACAUUUUUGCAUUAUUUGGUUGAUGCUCUAGACAAGUACUACCCGGACGUUGGAGAAUUUACUGCAGAGUUAAACGUUACUCGUGCAUCAGGAGUUUCAAUGCAAACGUUGGCUCAGGAUGUACAAGGUUUGAGGAAGGGAAUUGAUCUGACAUUGUUUGAACGAGAGAAGCAAACAUCAAACUUUGUUCUAUAUAGUUUCUAUAACAGAGCUGUUCGCAAGGUAACGCGAUUGGCAGAAGCGUACAAGAAGAUGGAUGAAGCAUAUACCAAAGCAUGCAGUCUUUUCUGUGAGAGUCCAAAGACGACGGAGCCAUCGGAAUUUUUUGCCCACUUUAGAGACUUUGUUGCUGCGUUUAAGAAAGCUGAUGCAGAGAAUAGGGAAAGACGGAAAAAGGAAUUGGAAGAAGCAAAUAAACGUCAACUAGCUGUUCGUGUGAAAGCAGACCCUAUGAUGCAAUCGGUAUUUCAAGAAGCAGCAGCAGUUGCAGCAUCUAAAGGUGAGAACAGAGCACCAGUAACAUGGAAGACACAUGCAUCACCUUUGACCAAGCGGAAAGACAAGAAGGAGAAAAAGGAAAAGAAAGAGAAGAAGAAGAAAGAGAAGAAAAAGAAGAAGGAAGAGGAUGACAGAGUGAAGCCAGGUGAAGUAGUCAUGGAUGAGUCAGGAAUGAUUCAAGUUGCUUAUCAACCGGAUAUUACUCAACCAUCACAAUCUUCUGCUUUACCACCUCCUCCACCUGGUCUGGCUGGUAGGGAGGAAGCUAAAUUGAUGCGACCGUCUGUAAAGGGUCAACAGAAGCUGCCAGGAAAUGUUGAAAAUAUGAGGAUGUUAGGGUCUUCACCCGACUGGAGGGAUGAAAGAGCAAGCAUGAGCAGCAAGGCAGGCUCAAUAGCAGACAGUGGGUUUAGUCAAUCGUCAACUCCUGCUGCAAUUACAAAUGAAGAGUUGUUGCUAUAUGACACAGCUGAUGCAGUUCGUUUGGACAGUCCUGCUGAAUUUACAUCUGAUGCACACAACCACCAACCAUUGCAUCGUAAAGGCACUGCUGAUGGGUAUUAUGUAGCUGUGACAGCUGGUGGUAAGACAGAAGACCUUUACGCAAAAGUUGAAUCUGUUCAGAAAGAAAUGCGACCACCGGGCGGUGGAGCCAGUGUUCGAUCAGAGAAAGCUCCACCACUUCCACAUCGAAGAUAUUUAGACUCUACUAGAGGUACAAUGACUGGUGUAACUAAAUAUUCUCACGUUGAUGGCAACGAACAGGAUGAGUUGUACUCGACAGCCGAUGGUUAACUACUAUUUGGCAUGACUAUGUUUAUUAUGCAGAGUAAGAAUGAAUCUUGAGUAGAAAUUAAUAGUGUAUGUAUUAGUGAGGAUAGUGAAUACCAAAUGUUUGUACGUAUGCUAGAAUUUAUGCUGUAAUAUGGUGUAGGUAUUUUUGUAGAGCAUUUUCCAACGUGGUCAAAAUAGAAACAACAUUAAACAAUACAA